CGGGGGAGCCUCGUCGAGGCGGGUCCGUUUCUCCGCACGUUCGCACGCCGCGGCAAUCAGCCGAUUCCAGCGGAUCGCGCGACCCGCCGAGAAGUUCGCGAUCGUCGCGCGCGGCUCGGUCGCGCGGCGCUCCUCCGGAAAUUAAUCGCAACGUGCGUCGACAACGGGCGCGGUAAGGGCUCGAUGUAACGGGAAUCGUCGGCGGACAAUCGGAUGCGGCAGUCGGGCGGGCAAUCGUUAACGCGACAGAAACGCGCGUCAACGUCCGUGGAUCGAGGCGCGGUCGGCGGGAUAUGCCCGAUGGGACUCGUGGAAAAUGAUCUACAAGAAAAAAACGGAGGGAUGCCGUCGGCUCCUCCUCCUCCGCGACACGUGGUGGCCGCUCUCUUCGUAAUCGUCCGUCUGGUGUACUAGCCGCAUAGACGUACGUCGUGGCUAACUAUAGCUCGCGGCACGGGCAUAAACGCGGAGAUCUCGUCUCAAUGGGGACCCGGGGAUCGUAGUGCGCGUAGAGACGCGGAGGAUGGACGCAUCGGGAAACCGAUUCUUCUCUCACGUACGUACGUACCGGCCGCGCGUCAUCGCCUCCUACGUCGGGAAACGUCAUCGUCGACGACCCACCGGCGCCUCGAUCAAUAGCGCUCGGCUCGAUCCUCCGCCGGAGACUCUCGUGCGUAAUCCGCGAGGACGAUACAAAAUUCACAGCCCGAAAUGAAGACAUCUCGAUAAGCGUUCCCCGAGAGAUCCUCCGCUUCGUUUCACGCCGAUGUCGAUCAAUGCGACCGGCGUGAAGCAACGUCUCCCGGAACCGUCCGAGGUAACGAUCGAUUUCCACGGUAUUUCGUUUCGGAAUUAUUCGCGCCGCGUUCGCGGGAGAGCUAAGGCGAGCGUGGAAAUUCCGUCGGAGCGUCUCUCGGCGAUGAGAGAGAAAGAGAGAAGUCGUAAUCCCGCGAUUUAUACUCCGACGCGUGAAAAGCGGGCGAAAAUCGACGGGGAGAGGGGGCGGACAGUGAGACACCGAGUUUAAUUAAAGCCGAGUUCAUCCGGCAUCGCCGAGAGAGAGAGAGAGAAAGACUUCGGGGAAAUCGUCGAUCAUUUUUCGCGGGAUCGUAAACAGUUUCACAAUAGAUUUUGUUAAGCGGCCAAGUGGCUCAUCCCUACCUAUGGACGGCUGGUCCGUGUUUUCGAUUCCCCGCGGACCAUGACGGAGUCGAUAGCAGACUCCGGUGAGCGCGGCGCGGCCGCUCGCUCGCGGAGGCAGAAGAGUCCCGCGAUAAGGCGUUUUCCAUUAAAUUCCGCCCGCGCGUAAUUUUCUAUUAGCCCCGGUCAGUGCUCGCGCACACAAGGCCCUCCGAUCUUCUUAUACCUCUUCUUAUAAGCUCCUCUGUUGCUCCUCCUCUAAAUUCCGAUACAGAGAAGCGUGCGUUUCCGCGAGAUCACGCAUCGUGUUUUCCCGGCCGAGUGAAACGCGACGACCCGAGUCGAAAUUUUAGCCCCACUUUAAGUCUAAUUUAGUUCUACAGCAAGUAUUCAAGGAUCUUCUAUUCUAUAUUCUAUUCUAUAUAUAAACGAGGCAGUUAUUGUCACUUUCUUUGAAAGAAAGUUCUUCAAGACUCAAUGACGUAUAUAUUUGCCUGUAUCGUUUAUCGGUAUUACGGUAACGCUCUUAAAAAGCUUGCCCUAGAAGAAGCUCUGGUCUAUACGUAAGGCGAGCGGGAGUACUCUCGCCCGAGAUAUCAUUUAUACAGUUGCCAACUUAGCAAGCGGAGUCUCCCUAAGAUCUCUUUCCCAGCCUCGUUGGAGGAUGACGCGCCACGUGGCCGAUUCCUCGAGUUCGAUUUCCGCGCGACAACGUGUGUCCCCGCGGUGAACACACGGUCUGCCGGCAAGUUGUAAGCUAUCACCCGACAGCCGAAGAUCAAAGGCAAGUCGAUUCACAGUUGCAACGAAAAGGACAUCUCGUCGUGCUCGGCGAGCCGGAAGCGAUGUCCGCGAAUCGGAACGAGGUGACCCAGCCGAGUCGAUGACGUCCUCCUGAGGAGCUGUCGUCGUCGUCGCCGAUGGAGACGGACAAACCGUCCUCCUCGUCGGCCAGCCGGAGCUGGCAGCGUGGAAGUUAUCGCAACCGGAGCGGCAGACGGCGGAAACGCAGGCGAAAGUCCUGGGCUGAGAGGAUCGCCGAUUGGACCAGGGCCCUGAUAGCCUUCCUCUUCAGCAACGUCGGCAUCGUGUGCCUCGUGGUCGGCUACACUAUAGCGGGCGCUUUCCUGUUCAUUCACAUCGAGGGCAAGACCAGCCCGGACGUCGCCGACGAUGUCAUCCGACUGAGAAACCUGACGGCCGCCACCCUCUGGGAGCUGACCUCCAAGGAGAACGUGUUCUCGGAGAAGCUGUGGAAGGCAAAGGUGCGGGACAUUCUCGAGAGUUACCAGAAGAAGGUGGUGUCGGCCAUAAAAAAUGGAUACGACGGCGUGGAGGAAAAUAAGUGGACUUUCGCGGGCGCCUUUCUGUAUUCCCUCACUGUGAUAACGACCAUCGGCUACGGCAACAUUUGUCCCAGGACGAAAUGGGGCAAAGUCGUGACUAUAGUGUACGCGAUAGUAGGAAUGCCGCUUUUCCUCCUCUACCUCAGCAACAUCGGCGACAUCCUAGCCAGGAGCUUCAAGUGGACCUACGCCCGUUGCUGCUUGUGCAGGUGUCGAAGGAAGCCGUACGCUUCACCGAGCGCGGCUGCGUCGGAGGUGCCGAACGAUCCGGCCGCGAAAAGAAAUCGAUGGCAGAUGGUGAACGCGCACGGUGGAGAGGUAGACGCCUCGAGUUUGGAUCCGGAAGAAACUUCGCCCAGAGACGACGAUGACGAUGGCGGCGGCGUCGACGAGGGCGAUGGCAAUGACGAGGACGAGGACGACGGGAGCGACAGCUACGAUCCUCAACACGUGACGGUGCCGUUAACUCUGUGCCUCGCUAUCAUGGUGGGGUAUAUCUUUGGCGGCGCGGUUCUGUUCUCGAUAUGGGAGGACUGGAACUUGCUGGACGGUUCUUAUUUCUGCUUCGUCUCUUUGUCGACCAUAGGCUUCGGCGACUUCGUCCCGGGCGACGAGAUCUAUGCCGGGCAAGGCCUCGAUCUCUCUUUCAUCUUCUGCUCCAUGUACCUGAUGCUGGGGAUGGCGCUGAUCGCCAUGUGCUUUAAUCUCAUGCAAGAGGAGGUGAUCGCGAAGAUGCGGGCCCUGAUGCGCAGCAUCAAAUACGUCUUCAGGUGCGAGAGAUGACGAACGCGCUCCCCACCGUGAUCCUGUGCACCUCCACGAUAAUCUCAGGAUUCGCCUACCGAGG